AUGGAUUGGGAUUGGUUGAUUGAGUUUGUAAAGGGCAUGGCCAAGCCAGUGGCUGCCCUUUCGGUGGUUCUCAUGGCGGUUCUCUUGUCUUUCAUGCAAAAGCUGGGUUUGGAAAAAGAGAUGAUUUAUUCUAUCCUCAGAGCUUUUCUUCAGCUUUCCAUUAUUGGGUUUGUUCUUCAGUUCAUUUUUAACCAGGAGAACAGUGGGUGGAUCGUCCUUGCUUAUCUUUUUAUGGUUUCUGUUGCUGGAUAUACAGCUGGCCAACGUGCUAAACAUGUGCCCCGCGGGAAGUAUGUUGCUGGAAUAUCUAUCCUGGCUGGAACAGCAGUGACCAUGUUCCUCCUUGUUGUAUUAAACGUUUUCCCUUUCACCCCGCGAUAUAUUAUCCCUGUUGCAGGAAUGAUGGUUGGGAAUGCAAUGACAGUGACUGGAGUCACAAUGAAAAGACUUCGAGAUGACAUCAAGAUACAAACGAACCUGGUGGAGACAGCUUUGGCUCUUGGGGCAACUCCUCGUCAAGCAACUCUAGAACAAGUGAAAAGAGCUCUAGUUAUUGCACUCUCACCAGUCUUGGACAAUGCCAAAACAGUGGGUCUUAUCUCACUUCCAGGGGCGAUGACUGGCCUCAUAAUGGGAGGCGCUUCUCCCGUAGAAGCUAUUCAUUUACAGAUUGUUGUGAUGAACAUGCUAAUUGGUGCCUCUACCGUGAGCAGCAUCAUGUCAACAUACCUCUGUUGGCCUGCCUUCUUCACUAAAGCAUACCAGCUGGAAACAAAGGUGUUCUCUUCAGAUUGAAGGUUUCCAUAGUUUCGCAUUUUGCUGUGCAGAAACUUGUAAAAUAUAUGCGAGGAUCCUUCUUUUUUUUGCAAAUGAUUAAUCUCAGAUGCAUGAAGUUUUGAAUAUAGAAAAAUCUAGCUACCUUCACACCC